UAGAGGCAUGAAGGACAAGGUAGCGGGGAGUUCGUCCGCCCGCCAAUUUUAGGUGUUCGGCUACUGUAACAAGCUUCAGUGGCUGAGUGGAUCCAAGCCCUGUGAACCCCAGAUUCCCACGACAACGUCGUUCAUCCUCCUCCUCUCCUCCACUCAAGCAAAACAGUUAUCCUCUCGUGUAAUUAUGUAUAAACAUACAUUGAGCAAGUGCUCUUACAUUGAUUCACAGCUCUCUCUUUUCAGUUCCCGCGUAUAUUUCUCAGUAUCAAAUCUCCUCCCCCCGCCCUACACCCACAGCUUGAUAGCUCGGGCAGGCCGUCACAAAGGUUACACUGCUUUAGGGAUCGUCACUCUUUUUAACCAAUGAUGGCCUCAACCCCAAAGAUACCAUCCGCACUUCAAUGACGCUAUCUGUGAUCAUCGAUGCACUGUGCAAGCAUAUUUCAAUAACGCUGUAUUCGAUGCACUUUUGUAGCUUCUCAUUCGUUCAUAUCCCUUGCCUCCAAGCUUUCUUAAGAUCAUCACUUCCCCAGACUCCUCUCAGGUUCCAGAACCACACUUCCUCCACAUGACAAGCUUUUUUGUGCAUUCAAAAUGGCAUUGUCGGCGAUAGAUUCCAGUCUUCCGGCCACCAAGGCUGAAGGCUUCAACAUUAAUCCCAAAGGACCAGAUACAAUUGAGAAGACUGCAGCUUCAGGCAGUGGUGAUUUCAAAGAAGACGGUCAAGCUCUCAGCGAUAUUGAUGACACCGCUGUACUUGAGAAGGGCUCCCUAGAUCCAGUCUACGAGGCAAAAGCUCGAGUCUUGAACCAUGCUAUCCAAGAGAUUGGUAUGGGAUGGUAUCAAUGGCAGCUUUUCAUAGUCGUAGGUUUUGGUUGGGCGAAUGACAAUUUGUGGCCUAUUGUCACGUCACUCAUUCUGCCCGCGAUUGUCAAUGAGUUCCACCCAACCCGUAAACCAUACCUCGCUCUAGCCCAGAAUAUCGGUCUCCUCAUCGGAGCCAUGUUCUGGGGCUUUGGUUGCGACGUCUUCGGUCGAAGGUGGGCAUUCAAUGCAACUCUAGGUAUCACAGCCAUCUUCGGAAUGAUCGCAGCAGGAUCUCCCAAUUUCGCAGGUAUCGGUUGUUUCGUUGCGCUCUGGAGUUUCGGAGUAGGAGGAAACCUCCCUGUCGACUCUGCCGUAUUCCUCGAGUUCCUCCCAGGCAGUCAUCAAUAUCUCUUGACAGUUCUAUCCGUAGACUGGGCACUUGCUCAGGUCGUAGCUACGCUCAUCGCAUGGCCACUUCUGGGCAAUCUCACUUGUCAGGAGGAUGAAGUUUGUACGAAAUCUAAGAACAUGGGCUGGAGAUAUUUCGUUAUCACGAUGGGCGGAAUCUCUCUGAUUGAGUUCCUCAUUCGUUUCCUAUGCUUCACCGUUUUUGAGUCUCCAAAAUAUCUCAUGGGCAAGGGUCAAGACGAAGAUGCUGUAAGGAUCGUUCACGAAGUCGCUCGUCGUAACGGGAAGACCUCGAAUCUCACCCUCUCCGAUCUCAAAUCCUGCGAAGAAUUCAGCACCGCCACCCAACAAACUGACGCCGCCGCCGCCCUCAAACGCAAACUCGAAAAGCUCAACUUCACACACAUCCGCGCCCUCUUCGCCACCAAGAAGCUCGGAUUCUCAACCACCCUCAUCAUGCUCGUCUGGGGCUUCAUCGGCCUCGCUUACCCUCUCUACAACGCCUUCCUGCCCUACCUCCAAGCCAUCAAGGGCGCUGAGUUCGGCGACGGUUCAACCUACAUCACCUACCGCAACUCACUCAUCAUUGCCUCUGUCGGCGUUCCCGCCGCGCUGCUUGGUGGUGUCCUGGUGCAGAUCCCGAGGUUUGGGAGGAAGGGUGCGUUGGCGGUGUUUACCAUUUUGACGGGUGUGUUUUUGUAUGGGACGACCACGGCGUUAACGAGUAAUUCGCUGCUGGGCUGGAAUUGUGGGUUUAAUUUUGCGAGUAAUAUUAUGUUUGCAGUGCUGUAUGGUUUUACGCCCGAGAUUUUCCCAACGAAGGAUAGGGGGACGGGAAAUGCGUUGACGGCGACUGCCAAUCGCAUUUUUGGGAUUAUGGCUCCUAUCAUCGCUAUGUUCGCGAACUUGGAGACCUCAGCGCCGGUCUAUACCAGCGGAGCGCUAUUCCUCGUUGCGGGUAUUCUCGUCCUGGCCCUUCCUUUCGAGUCACAAGGCAAGGCGAGUCUAUGAGGAGAGUGGAGGGUACAGUAUUUGGAAUCCCUCAAAGCUAUCCAUUUAUUGAUUAAACCUCUGUCAUUCAGAUAAGCCAAAAUCUUAUUGUCAUUUGAAUUCACGAAUACACGUUCCCGCCAUCCCUUCUUCUCAUACAUCUGCCCACCCGAAGCUAGGUAUCUUCUCCCUUUAAUCCUCGCACACCCUCCACACUCACACAGCAAACCCCUCCCUAUUCAGAACUCAUCCCACCCAGACAUCCUUUCCUCCUCAUCGCCACUGAGUCAUUCUCCCCCCUCUAAUUCACACCAUUCAGCGUCCACCGUGACGGUGCACUAUACCGACUCUCUUGUGCUCGUUUUUGCGCUUGAUUUUGCGCUUGAUUUUCGUUGUGGGUCUAACUCCGAUCCUGCUCCUGGGACUCGUUCUGGCUCUGGCUCUGGCGCCAGCACUGGUAUUGAGAUCUCGAUUUGCGGAACCCUCUCGUUGGGCAUGUCAUCCACAUUGUUCGUACGACUUGAACUCGAGCUUGUUAGUUCCCAGUCUUCUUCUUGAUUUUCGUUCUUGGGAUUAUGGGUAUCGACAUUGGGCUUGGCUUCUUGACUCGUUUGUGAUACCUCUCUAUUUCCAGGGCUUUGAGGGACGGGUUUUCUUGUCAUUGCUUGAGCGUUAGUUCCGUUUGACGUGGGAGUUAGUUGAGUCGUGGGGGUUAAAAGAGGGCUGAGAGUGACGUCGGUAGCUGAGAAAGCUGGGAAUGGAGAUAGUGAUGAUGAUGGUGAUGCUGAAGGGGGAAUCAGCCUUUGCUUCUCCUUUUCUUUUUGCGCGUUCUUUGUCUUGAGCUUGAGCUUCAGAUUCGCGAGUUGGCGUUUCCACCAUGGAGUUUUGGGUGUUGGGGUGAUGGGUGUUGGAGUAGGUUCGGCCAUUAUGCGUUUUAAUGUUUAUGAG